AUGGCACCUAUAGAUUACUCGAAAUGGGACAACAUAGACACGGAUUCCGAGCCAGAGACGUCGUCACCGGCGGCUGCGCCAAAAGCAACCCUGCCACCUGCUCCAGCCUCCUUGCUCUCGUCUAUAUCCACUUCGAUGGCAACUGACGGCGCUUCGGCGCCCAUUCAAGCUGUCGUCGUCCGGUGUGAGGCCGAGAAAGUCAAAGAUCCGCCUUGGUCCACCACCAGAAUCCCCGCAAAUCAUGACGUUUUCUCCCGGACCGUUCCUCCCGUCCCAGGGCUCAUCGAAGUCCCGCUGGUUCUCCAUCAACUAGGCACUCGAUCUGCCAACCGUGCCGACCUGGACAACCAGAUCGCUACGUACCUUAACAUCAACCCCGACUCGGGCUUCGCGCCUCCGGCAUGGCAAUCACAUGUCGGCACCAUCAUAGUCGCGCGCAAGGACAGGAAGCCAUUACUACCGCAGCAUCUUGAGGGCGUGUGGAUUUACUGCGACCACAUUCUGGACCUCUUUGGUGAGGGAGGAGGUGCGCCAAGAUGGCUGUAUAAUCGGCAGGCCUUUGGGAAGUGGUGGGCAGGUUAUUGCGAGGAGCAGAAGGAGUUUCGCUUGGGAAAGGGUGGGGAGGAGGAUCCGGAUGAUUGGCAGGCGGUAAGGUCGCCAUAUGAGAUCUGA